AUGGAAAACAGCCCAGGUGGUGGUGUUAUCUUGUACGCUGGCUCAUCUGGUAGUGCCAGCCCCAGUCCUGGCAGCCCUUCAAGUGGAUACCAGACCCAGUCACCCUCCUCCCAUUCGCAGCCUUCAUCCCCAGAGGGUGUCUCCUUUCAGGAGAUUGGGGCCCUGAAGCAGAGAGGGGAGCGAAGGGGAGGAACUCCAUCCCCUAAAAUGGUCUUUCAGUUUCCUGAAGUAAACAACGCUCCCGUUGCCCAAAUUACAACAGCAUCACCUGCAACCUUCAACCAUCCCACAGCGGCCAAGAGACCUUGUGGUUUUACUGGCACAUUCACCAAGACUGGAGGCAUGGUGCUUCUGUGUAAGGUCUGUGGCGACAUUGCAUCUGGGUUUCAUUAUGGUGUACACGCCUGCGAGGGCUGCAAGGGUUUCUUCAGACGCAGCAUUCAGCAGAAUAUUCACUACAAGAUGUGCGUGAAGAAUGAAAAUUGUCUCAUCAUGCGCAUGAACCGAAACCGGUGCCAGCACUGCCGCUUUAAGAAGUGUCUCUCCGUGGGCAUGUCCAGAGAUGCUGUGCGUUUUGGGCGUAUUCCCAAAAGGGAGAAGCAGAGACUGUUGGAUGAGAUGCAGAGCUACAUGAACAGUCUAAAUGAAUCAGCUUCCAUGGAGAUGGAGGUGUCUCCUCCUACCGAUGCGCCCUGCAGUCCCCAGAACCAGCCCAACGAAGGAGCGGGUUCCUUAUCGCAGUCUUACCGCAGCAGCUUAAUAAACAUUGACGAGAAACCAGUCAUCAUGGCCCCCAGCAACAGCAGCCACAGCACGACCACGUUCCAGAAUAGUCCGACGCAGGAGCCCACCCUGUCACACACUGCAACCCAGACACAGCACACUGCUCAGCCGGAGCAGGCAAACCUGACAUCAAGCUACCAUGUCCCCACAAACUGCCCUGUGGCCAUCAACAACAAUGAAAACUCAACUAACACCAAUGUUGACAACGCCAAGUAUACCUUCUCCUCCAAUAAGAAUCAGUGUCCAGUCACUGGCAGCCUAUCAUCUCAGUCAUACACAGUCAAUCAAAACAGUUACCUACCCAGCGAUUCCCAGAACCAGAAUACCUGCCCCUGGAAGCUAAAUGGGGGAGCUAAAGUGCUGGCGUGUCCUCUCAAUUCAUGUCCCGUGGCCCCAGCCAGUCGCUCCAGUCAGGAGGUGUGGGAGUCUUUUUCACAGUGCUUCACUCCUGCUGUUAAAGAAGUAGUCGAGUUUGCAAAAAGCAUCCCAGGCUUCCAGACUCUCAGCCAGCAUGAUCAGGUCAUGCUGCUCAAAUCUGGCACUUUCCAGGUUCUGAUGGUGAGGUUCUGCUCACUGUUUGAUCCUAAAGAACGGACAGUGACCUUUCUGAACGGGCAGACGUAUUCACUGGCAUCGCUGAGGGCUCUGGGCAUGGGCUCUUUACUGGACGCCAUGUUUGAAUUCAGUGAGAAGCUGGGGUCUUUGGGUCUGGAGCCAGAUGAGAUGGCUCUAUUUAUGGCUGUUGUGCUUGUGUCUGCUGAUCGCUCUGGUAUUGUAGAAGUAGGAGCACUGGAGCAGCUACAGGAGAAUCUAAUAAAAGCUCUCCGCUCCCUUAUCACCCGCCGUCGCCCAGAUGACAGCACCCUCUUCCCAAAGCUGCUGCUGCGUCUGCCGGACCUGCGAACCCUCAACAACCAACACUCUGAUAAGCUUUUAGCGUUUCGCAUUGACCCUUGAGCUGUAUUUUCUACAGCUUAGUGACGUAUAAGCUUUGGGGAGUUUCCUGUGCUCUCCGUUCAACCUGCCACAGAGACUGGCCUCUGCAUGAUGGACCAUUGUGGUGAGAGCUGUGCCAAGUCUGAUGCUGUGAGAGGCUGGACUGGGGAAAUAUCAAGGAUGAAGACACGGUGGGAGGUGGAGGCUCCUGAACUCAAACCCAUCCCUACAGUUGCUUCCAGAAUUACUUCAAAAAUCUUAAAGACUGCGUUCUUCCUUGGGUUCUUUGAGUCAAGCCACUUUCUGUACCAAGCCGUCAUCACCACGAUCAUCAUCAUCAUCUCUACCCUGGAGUUUGUUAGAGACAGAUUUUGUUCUGGACCAAAAAAGAAGAGCAAGCCUGAUGUUCCUCACCAAGUCCUCUCCAGACCCAGUCCUGCCUCACCAGUUCAUAAAUCUGACAAGAAGGAAGCACAACCUCUUUCCUAGAAAAAAGGAACAUGUACAAACAUUCACAUUGAUUUCUUAUUGUACAUUCAUGCUCCAAGUGUAAAAUGCACUUUCCAUACAUUUAGAAUAUAUCAUAUAGCAAUAGAAAUGUCUAACAUAUAGUUUGCAGAAGGGUUUGAAUAUGUCCUGUUGAAAUGACAUAAGCUAUUUUCACAACAUGUCAUUGUGUGGGAAAUCUUUAUUAAAAUCACCCAUUUGUGAUUGAGAUAUGUAUAACAUUUUUAAGAAAUGAGAGUAUGUUGCAUUGUAUUUGUAUGCGGUAAUCAGGGAGAACUAUUUGGUCAUUUUAGACCAUAUCUGAUGGCUUAUAUGUUAAGGUGUUGUAAAUUUUGUAUGUAACAUUUAUUCUCGGUUCUUACCCUUGUUAGGCUGCAGAUUCUUGGAUAUGUAGAUGAAGCUAGUGUUGAUUUAUUGUAUGAUGUCAUCAUCAUUGACAACACAUUAAAGAUUUCCCCACAGACUGCAAAAAGACAGCAGCAUUUGAACCAUUUGCUCUGAAAAACUUUUUAUUUGAAAAUAUAUAAUUACAAUAAAUGUAUUGUCAACUGGCUGCAUCAACUUGUGAAUAUUUUGUAAAUGUUUAAUGGUGUAACAUAGAGGACUGUUAUUAAAUAAUGUUAUGUAGCA